AUGAAGCGCUCAAGCCGGACGGCUUCACGCCGCUUUGGGUUUGCUGCCGAUUCCGCGUCUCCAACUUCGCCGUCAAAGCCAUCAUUUGACCACAUCUCACACCCUGGCCAAGGUGAGCCUCACAACACCCAAAACUCGCCCAUGGCUGCGCCAAGAGAUGAUGCCGAUGGCGAAAACGCAAAAACACCAAUCGUCCCUUGGAUGCGACGAGCUCGUCGCAAUAGCCUCGCUGCUACUCCCACAUACCAGGGCUCAUCAGUAAAAGACGAGCAGCACGGGGACAGUCCUGAGAAGGGCGGCCACAGUCUUCGAAAGCGCGCGCGCGUUAAUUACGCCACGGAGCACAUCGGAGAAGAUUUGUUCGCCCCAAGCUCUACGGCGCCUCGCUCAAGAAAACGCAAGCCCUACGGGUUUGAGGACCCUGAGGAUUUUUCCGGCCCAAAGGCCAAGCGGCGGAACACCUCAUUGAGUGUGGACACACCCAGCACUCGCCGACGCAACCCUGCCCGCAAGCCGGCUGAGCCCAAAGAAUCCAAGUCCUUUCCCACCAACACCAGCUUCGGCAAUCAUUUCAACGAUGAUAACGAUAUCAUCCGCGACACUAUCGAAGUUGGCCUAUCGCCAUCCGACAUGGAACUAGUUGACUCGGAUGAGCUCAGCAGUGUUGGCAGCUCCCCAUCUCCAAAGCAGGAGGAUGAUGCGCACGACAAGGACGCAGAAUCUUCGCGUGCUCAGUCCAAUGACUUCGGGAAAGAUGUUUCCAGCGAACCUACCAAAGAGCCCGAAACCAAGUACCCUACCAUCAAGGAGACUGGGAUCGGUGCACGAGAGCCUAAUACCAAGGCAUCUCAUGUCAAGUCGGCUGUCAAGCCAGGAGAAGCCAGACCAGUCUAUAUCGCUACUAUUAAAUUCAACUUGGCGAAGCAUCUUGAGCGGGAAGCCAUGCAAAUUGCAACCAAAGCAGCAACUGUAGUCAUACCGGCAGCGCCCAAGCCAACAGAUGUCAAGAAAGAUACAGUUGAGAAGACGGAAGCAAAGGAUCCCGAGUCAAAGCCAAACCCAGUGGAAACUCAAGCCCAGCGAACAGGCCCGGUUGAAACAGAGGUCAAACAAUCCGACGUCAAGGAACUCAGCACUGAUGAGCCUAUUUUGAAGGAGACUGAACCCAUCUUGAAGGAGACUGAGCCCAAAAAGGUGGAUUCAGAUGCCAUUGUGCCUGAAGAAGCCAAAGCUGGGCAAGCUGAACUGAAAGAGGCUCAACCUAAGCAUGUUGAACUCGAUGAGACCACGAGCAAAAGUACCGAACCCGAAAAACCUGUGGCUCAGGAUGCCGAGCUCAAGAGUCCCGAGACCAAGCUUGCGCCUGAGGAGCCUCAAGAGCCCAAGGAUAAUGCCAACGCUGCUGAAGAGUCUAAAGUAACUGAUUUGGACAUGAAGGAUGCCGAAUCCAUCAUCGCUGAUAAGGACUCAGAUGCGAAGGAUGUCAAACAUAGCACUUUGAGUACCAAUGCUCCCGAGGCUGUUCUCAAAGGGGCUGACUUGGCGGUAAACGAACCUGAAACGAAGGCCAAGGAGCCUGAAACCGAAAUAAAAGAGGCGGGACCCAAGGAUGCCCACGUCCAAGGAGUUGAUGUCGCCAGUACCGAAGUCCAAGCCACCGAGCCCAAGAGUGCUGAAGUACAAGUCACUGAGCUCAAGAGUGCUGAAGCACAAGCACAAACCAUCGAGCCCAAGAGUGCUGAAGUACAAGUCACUGAGCUCAAGAGUGCUGAAGCACAAGCACAAACCAUCGAGCCCAAGAGUGCUGAAGCACAAACCAUCGAGCCCGAUGAGGCUGAAGUACAAGCCAUCGAGCCCAAGAGUGCUGAAGUACAAGAUACUGAACCCAAGAGUGCUGAAGCACAAGAUACUGAGCCCAAGAGUGCUGAAGCACAAGGCACUGAACCCGAGAGUGCUGAAGUACAAGAUACUGAGCCCAAGAGUGCUGAAGCACAAGGCACUGAACCCGAGAGUGCCAAACCCCAAGAGACUGAACCUAAGAGUAUCGAGAUUGGAGAAGUUGAACCCAAAGAUACCCAAACCAUUGAGUCUGAUAUCAAUGGCGUCGAGACCAAAGCCAGCGGGUCGAAAGAUGUUUUGAUGAAGGACGCUGGAGUAAAUGACAGCACAGUCCAGGAUGCUGGGGUCAAGGACAUUGAGCCGAAUGAUUCCGAAGCCAAAGAUGUUGAACCCAAGAGUCUUGAAGUCGCAGACGCUGCGGUCGAAGAAUCUGAAACCAAGGGCUCCGAAGUCGAGAAGCCCAAUGAUCAGGAUGUCAAAGUCCCCGAGUCCCCUUCAAAAGUUGCCACACCUGAGAACACGAAUAUUGCCGAAGACCAUCCAAUGGACACCGAAAAGACAGAGGUUUCCGAAAUCAAAAGUCAGGACGUCACGCUGGAAGUAGCUUCUACUGUGGAAUCCAAUCCCAUUGAAGCUGAGAUUGAUCAGAUUCAAUCACCACGUGCCGAGAUCGCGAAUGAGGAGACUGAUGCGCAGAUGAAGCAAACUGAGUCUCACUUGGUCCAGGGCGAGGACACCGAAACUAGUGUAUCGGGCCUCAAAGAUAUAGCCCAACAUCCAGUUGAGACAGAAGAUGCAGAAAUGAACGAGGCCGGUUCCUCUCAGGAGCAUCAACUCACUCAAGAAAAGCCCGACGAUAUUUCCCAUGAAGAAAAUACCCCAGAUAACGAAGAGGGGCCCAGUGAUCAGGUUCGACAAGCCCAGGCCGAGUCCCAAGCCGAGACGACCGUUAGCUCUGCUAGCCAGGAGCUACAUUCGCCAGCUGGCGACUCCUUUCAAAAACCAGACGAAACAAUGACUCCUCUGACCCCUACGAAGCAAGAAGGACCUAAGUCUUUGUCGUUUCCGAACAAUUCUGACAAAGAAGAGCCUAGAACUCCAGCUUUGUCCACUUCCGGUCAGAACAUUGUUGAAUCUCCGCAGGAUACGACUAUGAUUUCUCCUCCACGAAUCAAUGAAAUACCCUCUAAUGCUAUUGCCAAGAACGAUGACCAGGACCAGUCGGUUUUACAUCAACAAACUGAUCCUGAAGUUGUGGACGAUAACUCAACAGCAACAUCGAUAGCCACCCCAACUGAACCCAACGUACCCGUUGACACAAUAAUGGCCGACACUGGUGAGGAAGAAGUUGGCAUUCUACAAUCUCAACCCGUCUUGGAGCAACCAACACAACCCACAAAGUCUCUCGAAAGCCCAUCGAAGAAACCCAUCCCUGCCCCAGUCGGCCGAUGGUCUCACCUCACACCCUACGUUGACGGUGAAUUCACUUCUUAUCCAGAGAAAAGGGAACGAUCCGAGGAUGAUGAUGGCAGCGAGGACCCAUCCCAAGAAAACACCAAGGAAACCAAUGAUCCCGAUGUUGUCGCGGACGACAAUGACGACCUGCCUGACGUUGGGGCCUCUGAAUUACCAACGGGCGCUCUCAACACACCCACCCGAGGGUCACCAAUCCCUGAGUCUUUGAAUAUUGACACCUCUAACUCGCCCGCGCCGGCAAAUGAUGACCCUGAUGACCCUGAGAUCGCUGAGCCGCAAGAGCCCCUGGAACGAGCACUCCGUUUCAAAUAUCGCAAACUUCGGAAUGCUGAUGAUUUCAUCUCUGUGAUUGACAAUUAUGAGAGUAUGAAAACCGAAGAUCUCUAUGAAAUGCUACAGGCAAUCAACGUAUCCCUCGUCGAAUGGCAGGAUGAGUGGUCUCAGUUGGGCAAGGUGGUUGAUGACUUUGAAAACGCCUCCCGCAGACGGAUUGCAGAUUCCAAGUACGAGAGUCGCACUCGGAACCUCAACCAACAUGGUAUCAACUUCGAAGAGCCAGACUUUGCUGUCAAGGGAUACAAAGCAAAGGAGAGAGAGAUCAUGAGUGAAACCCGGUAUCUGCAACAGCAAGACCGCACUAUGGCAGCUGCUUACGGUUUUGAGUAUGAUCCUCAUCCUUCAAAGAUCGGCCGCCAAAACCCGGAAACUCAACAGGCAGGCGUCACAACGCGUGGCAGGGCACUUCGCAAUCAGCCAAGGCAAACCGCCAAGGCCACUGAGGCUGACGGCGUCACAGGCAAGAGGCAACGCAAGCCUGUUCAACUGUUUGAUCCCGCUACUCAGGAUAUCAGCAGAAGUUCAACACCUGCGCCAACCCGCGGCAAACGGCGGAAACUCACCGAGAAUGAUGACGCCCAGUCCAUGCCCACAUCCAGCUUCAAUGAGGACGGCAUAUCAGAUGUUGAAACAACUCCGAAUACGCGAAGAAGACGUGGCCCUCGUGCCAAAAAUUCAAUGUCGAAGUUCGAUGGCCUAUCCUCUCAGGGUCAAGAUCAACGCGAGGAACCACCAAAAAGUACUGGUCGCCGGGCCAGAAACAAAACAUUCGCCCCAGAAGACGAGGUGGACAAGCCUAGGCACUAUGAUGAUAUCGAUGGCCAGGAUGAGGCCAAACCCCGUCGCCAUAUUCUCACUCUCAAAAUUCCCAAGGGCACAACUAUUAGCGACACCGCCUCAACAAUUGAAGAUAAUGGUGACUUGAGGCCCUCUACAGCAUCUUCGGACUCGACCACCCAUACGGUUGAAUCGUCCUACUCGUUCAGGCCUAAACGCCAAAAGAGGUUCAGGGACGAGCCGGACAAUGGAGACGAACCUACACAAGCACCAGCCAAGAAGAGGGGUAGACGAAACAACGUUGACAACCGGGGAGAUUACACUGUGGGUGAAGGAGGCUCCCUUCCUUCUGAGAACACAUCCAAUGUUGGCACUGGCCGCAAGGCUCCUAAAAUCAAGGUCAUGAGGCCCACUCAAGAGAGCCGUAACGGCACUCCAACAUCACAGCCUACAACUGAAGGUGGUGACGAUCAACCCAAAGACUACAGAGCAAUGACCAAGUCUGAGAAGAUGUCAGCGUCGAUGAAAAACCGCUGGGCAAACGGCAACAUGGCCGGCGCGGUUGAGAAGCGCAAGGCCACCCUUGCUGCUAAAAAGGCCGCUCAAGUGGCAGCCGAGCAGAAGGUUGGACUCAUUGCGCCUAAGCAGAAAACCAACAAGCCGAGCAAAAAAGAGCCCACUCUUCCAGGAGAAAAUCCUGGAUUUGUGCAUUCACCUCAAUUCCCACAAAUUCCCCCAGCUCAGCAAGGAGCCCAGCACCAACAUGUGACUCAACAUCCUCAAACUCAUCCACACGACCUUCCUCCUAUGGGAAUUCCUUUUCCAUCCUCGAGAUAA